AUGAGUGCUGAACCCAAAGCUAUCAAAGUCAUCCGUGUAUUCGACCCUUUUGACCACAAUUAUGCACGUUGGUCAAAAAAAGGCAGACAGAUUCAAAAGACUGCUAUAUUUUCAACGUCUCGAUUCCGAGAAAUUAUGGAACACAUCAUCAAGGUCCCUACUGCGCGUCAAAAAAAGUGGAUGCAAGAGUCUCUGCAGAUGGAAUUGGAUGCUGUCUCGACGUGUAUCGGCAAUGCCUAUGCAGGAUCCCAGGUCAUUGAAAUUCCGCUGCUUCUGCGUUCUCUAUGCGACACAUUGGCCGUCGCUUCAACCGACUCGCUUCCGCUGGAUAUUGACCCCGGGAUGGUUGAUUUACUGGCCGCAGGAACGUCUAGUACGGCACUGGACAGACGGGUUAACUCGUAUUCGCAUGCAUGGUGGUUGAAGAACACCCCGCCUGCCGACAUCACCGACAUUUUAAACGGUGCUAAUCUUCUUGAGAUCAUGAAGUAUCAUGAAGCCGAGUUGAAGAAAUUUUUGGAAAAAGAAUGUGAAGAUUUGUCUAAGGCGUCACAAUCGACAGCAUCGGUGCCUUCUGAUGUUGUUCCAACUCAAAUUAAGCCGAUUCUUAUGCUUCUCAAGGAUGCCGAUUCCGCGACAUGCAAUUCCUGUUCCCGACUUUCCUUUCUCGCCGACGAUUUACUUCACCAACUACGAGGAUUCAAAACCAUGUUGAUGGCUAAUGUUGGUCAAUUGAGCAAUGGUGUCGAUCGCAUUGCACGGCGUGCUGCAGGUUUUUUCAAGUUAUAUGAGGCUUCUCAGUCUUUAUCAUUGAAACCCGAGCCUACACCCGACACACCUUCAUCCAAGUGGACUUGGGAUGGCGGGGACUUGGGUGAAAGAUCGGAACUUGAAUCCAAUUUGCGCACCCACUCACAACAUCCAUCCGAUGACCUGUCAUCUCGUGCAGAAAGAAAGGCCCCGCCAUCCGAUGUACUUGAUUUCCCCAAAUAUUUCAAGACUGGGACAGAUGGUUCGGAUUUCAGUGGCGGAGAAAUGGCCGACUUUGAUGUCGGCAGUGAACACAGCGCCAAAUCGGACAAUCUUGAAGAUAUUCUUGACGCCGCGCUUGAACUUAUGGAAACAGAAGAUCAACAGGCUGCGGCAUUGGAGAGUUUCCAAGAACUUGAUCAAACCGAUAGCAAUUCGGACAGCGGCAGGUCUGAAGCUAUCAACCAAGCAUUAGAUCUCUAUGCGGAUGAGCUUGAAGAUAGUGACUCGAGCGGGUCGGACUCCAAUCACUUGGCCGACUCCCUAGCCAACGAAGCGGCUGAUCUUUUCUUUGAUUCUGCGGAUGAAUCCGACCAUUCAAUGGAUAUUGACCAAAACAAUGAGGAUAUCAAUGAAGAUGAGGAUUCCGCUCAACCCCAAUUCACGUCGAAGCACUUUUCGGGGAACUUGGAGCUUGAUCUUUUUGAGUAA